AUGGGCUGGAAGCUGCUGUCAGCAAGAGUGAGGGCUAGAGGCGCAUCUUUGCAGGCAGAGAGAAGCGGCCUGGCAGAUGGCGGGCCGUGCACACCGACCAUGCUCAGUCAACCGUCCCCUUGCCAUGCCUCGUCUCACCUUCCCUCAUCCCAGCCUUGUUCACCCACGUCCCUCCGCGCCUCCACUUUUCUCCUCUCCCUCGCCCAGAGCCCACCUCGCCCUGCCUCCCCCUCCCCUAUCUCCCUCGUUUCCCCAACCCUCCCAACACGUUUUCCCCCGUUCCUCUCUCUCCCCCGAGAGCAGGGCUUCUGGCGGGGCACGGUGCCGGGGCUGCUGUUGGUGAUGCCCUACACCGCCAUCCAGUUCGUCGUCAUCCACCGCUUCAAAUCGCUCAUGACCGGCUCACACCGCACAGAGGACCACAAGCAGCUGCGACCGGAGCUGUCAUUCGUGGGCGGGUCGGUGGCGGGCAUGGCGGCCACGGUGGGGUCGUACCCCUUCGACCUGCUGCGCACCGUGCUCGCCUCACAAGGCGAACCCAAGGUGUAUGCGGGCAUGAGGGCGGCGUGCAUGGGGAUAGUGAGGGAGCGCGGGGUGAGGGGGCUGUUUGCAGGGCUGCCGCCCACCAUGGUGGAGAUCAUCCCCUACGCCGGCCUGCAGUUCGGCCUCUACGAUGCCUUCAAGCGCCACCUCGCUCACUACAACUGGUCGCGCUCCAAGGCUCGCCACGACCGCCCCGUGUCGCUCGCCCACUCCCACCUGCCCUCCACAGCCCCGUCCACCGCGCCACUCUCCCCGCCGCUAUCACCCUCACCAUCAUCAUCACCAUCACUCUCACCAGCAGCAGCCCCGCCAGCCGUGGCAUCGGCAGUGGAGCGGGCGGCACGGCCUGCCGUGUCAUCGGGGCAGCUGAGUGCAUGGCAGCAGUUCAUGUGUGGGCUGGCAGCGGGCACACUCGCUAAGGUCGCCUGCCACCCACUCGAUGUCGUCAAAAAGCGAUUCCAAGUGGAGGGGCUGCGGCGCCAUCCUCGGUACGGAGCACGCAUCCAGCCGAGGGCGUACCGCGGCAUGGUAGACGCGCUGCGCAAGAUAGUGGCCACCGAGGGUGUGGAGGGGCUCUAUAAAGGUGUGCUGCCUUCCGUUAUCAAAGCCGCCCCAUCUGCUGCAAUCACCUUUUUUGUCUACGAGCUUGUCGCAAAGUUUCUCGAGGAAAUGUCCUCAACAGACGUCUAA